AUGUCGUACCCAUCCCCGGGUGCCGAGGCCCUUGAUGCAGGCCCAUUCUAUCAUACAAGCACUCGCGAUGAAGCGCAUGAGCAUCAUGAUCAUGAGGAGCACCAGCAGCCGCAUGAUCAGCAUGACCCCAACCAGGUCCACGCACCAGAGCAGGACCAUGGCCAGGUGCCUACACAUGAGCCAUCUUCUCCCCAGCAUCACAUCGCAAGACCCCCCAACCUGGAAGAGCUUCAAUUGGCGGCUCAGCUUGGGCAGGGCUUGGCUGGAACAGCUCUAAUUCCGGCCACCGACCCCAAUAUGAACGUGGAGGAUCCCAGCAUGCGUAACAUUAUGCCACCUGAGCCGGACCAGCAUCAAACACCAUCGUACGUCCAUGAGGCACCCACAUCUGAUCAUAUGGUCACGCAUACCAUACCCGUUCCCGUGGGACCGCCGCUGCCGCCGCAGUAUUCCAUGGGAGAUGGUAUCCCUCCGCGAAAACGAUCAAAGGUGUCUCGUGCUUGUGAUGAAUGUCGACGAAAGAAGAUUAAAUGCGAUGCUCAGUCAGAUACCGGCGAGAGUCCCUGCUCUAGCUGUGCUCGGUCUUCCAUGCGAUGUCUGUUUAGCCGCGUUCCCCAGAAGCGUGGCCCCAGCAAGGGAUAUAUCAAGGAACUAGCGGACAGAAUACAUAGCAUCGAGAACAAGCUGGAGUCUGAGGGUAGCCUUACCCAAGACGAAAUUGACCGACUUCUAACGCCAGGGAGCCAUCGCGCUUACAACGGCUUAGUCCCUGCUGAGGAAGCAGGUCGGAAGAGAGCAUUUUCGAGCAUAUCGGCGAGUGACUUUAACGCAACUGCUCCGCGUCAAGCACCAUGGGGCCCAGAGCCACGGCCAAUACUCCCGGCGCCCGCAUCUUCGGACACCUUUGCAGGAGCAGGGUAUGCCAACAAUUCGCUUGCCCCUCAGCCUGCUGCUGUCAAGGCGGAAGCAGCUCCCCAAAAGCCACCCGUUGCGUCCAUGGACUCGCAGAUAGUAGACACAGAAGAAGUGCCAGAGGUUGAUGAAGAUUCUUUGCAUGACUAUCUCGCCCAUGUUCAAGCCAUAUAUCCCAUACUGCCAACUGGAAAAGCAAGGAUCCAGUCUUUGCUGUCACAGUGCCCCUCGUCUGUAAGGACAGCAUUUAUCACAGCACUUCAAGCGAUAGGCCAAUCAUCAGGGGAUACGCAAACUGCGAGCUCCCUUCUUCACGAGUGGGAGAGUAGUGAGGCGCCACACUCGCGCGCCACCGAUAUUGUCCAUGCCCAAACACUUCUCCUCUUGAUAAUCGAUGCGGACUGGCGGUCUUCGUCGCAGCUACCAUUUCUUCUGGCAAGGGCAGUAGCGCUCGCCAACACAAUGAAGUUGUGGAAAUUUACGCCAAUCGAGUCGGCUUCAGAGUCGGAUUCAGAUGACCAGCUGUGUGUGCGGAUUUGGUGGUCUCUUGUACUUAUGGAUCGCUGGCAUGCGGCUGGAACCGGAAAGCCAUCGCAGAUCCCCGAUAGCAGCGUCGUGGCACCGGCUGGACUGGAGAACACCGUGGGUGAGGUGUGCUAUUACUUGAUUCGUCUAUCAAAAUUAUUGAAUCGGAUUGCAUUCGUUAUUUCUACAAUGCAGCCGGGAACAUCUACCGCUGAACCAGCCAUGGCCGCUAUUCUGGUGGAUUACAUUGAGAAUUAUCGAGAAGAUCUUCCAGGUCACAUCGAGGCUGUAUCAUAUCCUCUAGUACAUCUUGCGUAUUGGCACUGCAAGCUACUAGUGACACUUUUAACGCCUGGAGCUACACCAACGGAAACACUGUGGCCAACCUCUGAGCUCGCCACUUUACUGCUGGCAAACGCUCAUCUUAGAAGCCCUUUCACCAAUCACUUUGUGUCUCUAGUUACUAUGUCGCUGGCCAGACUCGCCAAGAUGGACAGCUCUCGCGAAGGCGCUACUAGACUCAUGAAGGAGAUCCUGGAAAAGCCUACUGGAGGCCACUGGGAUAGUGUAAGAGAAAAGUUGACAGAGCAGCUGCGGCCAACAUCAUCAGUGGAAGCUACUGCAAGCCAGGGCUUACAGCACCUGGCAGAUUUGGCGACAGCACAUGAAGGCAUUGCGCCUGGAUCAGAUGAUAUCGCAUUUGGUCACACGUUGGCAUCGGGCUAUCUAGACGUCGCUUAA